AGCACUAAUCUGGUUUCUGAGACUCUCACUAAUGGAAUAUCAUCUCCUGCGUCCUGUUCUUCACCUGUUGAGUCAAUAUGCUGCACAUCAGUUGUUUGUUUUCCAGCUGAAAGUGAGAAAUCUGCAUCCAGCCGGCGAGGACCUGAGCCAAGGGAGGAGUCGGAGACGUUAGAGCCCACUAACGGAGGUCCGAGGAGGGUCUUAUUCCGCACCCAGCCGGACGUUCUCUUCCUCACCCUGCAGGAUGAGAUGACGACCACCACCCCUUCCCCGCCAGACACCGACGAGGAGGAGGAGGAAGAGCUGAGCUAUAGGCAACGUUUUAAUCAGAGGCGGAUAAGUCGCCCGAAAAGGACAGAGCUGGGGUGUCCGAGCAGUCGUCAAACAGCACAAGGAAGCUCAGAAGAGCCUCUGUCUUACCGGAGGAAAAAGAACAAGCAAGCAGAGGAAGAGCUGCAUCACAUCUCCGAGAACCUCAGCCAUCGACUGGAAGAACUGGACCAGAUGCUAAAGCGAGUUCUGGGUGAAAGCGGCGAUUCCAGUGAAAUCAGAGACGAGGACGAGCAUUCCCACCGCAGCGACGGCAUCGGGAAGUGUGAAAGUGCUCCCGGCGUUUCAGAAACUCUCCAUCCUGAAUCCACCCGGCAGACGGGCUCUUCGUCCCCCUCUCCUCAUCGAGACCCUCGACACUCUUUCCAGGAACGACUAGAAGCUGCUGCAGCGGGGGCUUCCAACCUGAACCUCAAAACGUCUGAUCGUUCAAGGCAAAGGAAACAUAAGAAGUAUCUGGAGAAUAUGGACUAUGAAGAGGAGCUGAGAAAAUAUGAAGCCAGAGAGCGGACAGAGCUGCACAAGGCACGCCUCAAAGCUCAGAAAGCUGAGCAAGAGUACAGAGAGGCCAUACUGGGGGAUGUUUCUCAGGUGUCCAGACGGUCCCCACCCAAAACCAAGAGUCCACCUAGGAGCCAGCGUAACAGGACAGCAGCAGGACUGAAGCGCCCAGAACCCAGCAGGAAAACCUCAUCCAUGAAAAUAAAGGAAAACGAGCUCCUCCCUGUGCUGCGAGACGAGCUGCCUCACCUUCACAUCUCCCCUCACGCUCUGGGCCGAAUGUGGGAGCAGCAGACGCAGCAGGUGGAGCGACUCCACGCCUUGUCCUCCUCGCACUGUCGACACCGGAGCAAACUCUCCGCUCAGUUGGAGGAGGCUCAGAGGAAACACGACCUACUGGUGGAGCUGAACCGCAAACACCAGGACCACAAGAGACAUCUGAGGGAGUUUAAAGAUCGGAUCCAGCAGCAGAGGUCGGUGCAGAACAAACUGCGGGAGCAGAGGCAGCAGAUAGCCCGGGCCAAGAAGUACCACAACGAGUAUCACGUCCAACACCGUGCCCGGCUGAUGAAGGCUCGCACUAAAGAGGAGCGGAUGUUUAGGCAGCUGUUUGAGGAAGGUUUGGAGUUGCAGAAGCUCCGGCUGAGAGAGCAGAGAGCUUCGGCCCGGGAGCAGCAGCUGGAGCAUCAGAGACGACACCAGGAUCAGAUGGAGUCCUUGGAAAACUACUAUAAAGACCAAUUUUCACUGCUUGCUGAAAAACUGGCACAAGAGCGGGAGGAGAUCCAGGUUCGGAAACAGGCUCAAGAAAAGGCUCUGCAAAAGAUGAAGCGAGAGCUGCGAUCCCGGAUGGAGCGCGAGAUCAACCAGCUGCAGGAAAUCAUCAUUCGGAACGACGAAGACGACCACUUCCAGGAGCUGGAGGUCCAGAGGCUGCGGAACCAGAUCCACAUGGCUUCUUUCCAGUACAACACCAGCUGUCUGCACUGACAUGCUUUUAGGGUUUAUUGGAUUUCUGCUACACAUUAAACGGUACAAGAACCUGGUGCACAAACUGUAAUCUUCUCAGGCAUCUUUCUAAGAAAAGGUUUGCACAGGAAGAGAAAUGUAACCACGUGAGAAGGUUUUGAUUAAUGAACACUGACAAAAUGUAGCUUUUAGCUAUUUCAGCUAAUUCUUCCUCUCACCUCAGCUGCUACCCCUGAACUUUAGACACUUUGGACCAAGUCCUCUUCCUCCUCUGGUUUUUUUAGAACUUGAUAAAUCUGAAUGUUUUAACUGUGACUGCAGUCAUUGUGUGCUUUUUGUUGUAGUCAAACAGGAAAACUGUUCCUUCUCUUGCCAAAUAAGGACCACACCUGAAGAGUUGAUUAUCUCUGUCCUUUUCCUUUAACAUGAGAUGUCUUCCUUUUAAUACUUUAACCACGCAGAUGGAUUAUUUAUUUAACUUUAAUGUUAUUUUUAAUUAAAACUGUUGUGAUUUUUUUAUAGUCACCGGAGGCAAUGAUAAUAGGUCUUAACCUUCUCCUUGAUUUGUUUUCUACUUCUAAUCAAAGCUUGAGACAUUUUUGAACAGAUGGUUGAAACAAACACUACUGUGUUGUAACGAACAGGCCAACGUGUCCCUGCAUUAAAUGUGUGGAAUCACUGCAACUGAA